UUGUCUGAUUUUGGCUGCGCUGAAAACAAAAUUGCACCUUUGAAUGACUCUACGGAAUGGCCUUCUUUGCAUGACCAAACAGCCCUUCGUCUCCCCAACUGAACAACUCAUUAUGCGCGAUGAGUGACAACCGCUUGUGAGGAGCGGGGUUUAGCAAGUCACGCUGUACGGCUCACUACGCCUAACGCACUCUUGUAAGAGUAAGACUUCGUAUUUCAACGCUAGCUUUUAGGAAAUGAUUGGCAGAAAAGCUUUUCGUCUUUUCCUCGGUCGUCAUGGCAACUUCCGGUCAGCGUACUCUACUAAAACGGCUCAUAAAAUUGGAAUCAUCGGCUUAGGAAAUGUCGGCGCAACCGUUGCUAAGAACCUUCUUAAGUCAGGUUUCACAGUGUCCGCCUUACACGACAAGGACCCAACAGCGGGGCUAGAUCUACCUGGGGAUAUACCACGUCCAAAGACACCCCGUGAACUGGCUGCCAUGUGUGAUGUAGUCACAACAGCUCUCCCUGCCCCACCCCAUGUCAAACAAGUCCUGUCUGGAGAGGACGGGGUGUUGGCAGGGCUACGGUCAGGAGGGGUGUGGAUUGACCACUCAACCACGGAUUAUCAGCAGACUUUGGACCUUACUGAAGAAGCUGCUAUGAAAGGCAUCAAAGUUCUGGAGGCACCCGUCACGGGUGGCAUGGCUCUUCUCAAGCAAGGUAAAAUGACUGUACUGGUUGGAGGAGACAGGCAGCUCUUCGAAGACUGCCUACCUAUUCUACAACAGAGCGGUAAGAAAGUGCUGUACAUGGGAGAGAUGGGGACUGCUACCAUUGCCAAGGUUGUCUCAAACAUGUUAGCUGCUGUUAAUGUCGUUACUAUGACUGAGGCCAUGUUGCUGGGGAAAAGGGGUGGUGUCGAUUUAAAAUCUCUCUUUGAUGCCAUUAGAUUUAGCGCUGGCAACACGUACACUUGGGAGACCGAAGCUCCUUUGGUAUUCAAUGGAACUUAUGAUCCAGAUUUCACCAUUGGGCUCCAUUGCAAGGACCUUAAUCUUGGGUACCAGCUCGGACGUAAGUUUAAUGUUCCUAUACAGAUUCUUGGCCACGCGGAACAGAUAUACAAUCGCGCUCUUUACAAGUUGGGAGAUGAGGUAGGCUCGACGUCCCCUGCAAAGCUUUUGCAAGACGAAUUACAAGAACCUUUGCAGGUAGAAGGAUUCGAAGAUUGGACCUACACCAUUGAACAUGUCGAAGACUCCAUGGCGGUUGUGCACUCAACAAAAGAGAAGGUUUACGGAAAGAAGUGAACCACAGUGAAUGUACUGUUCUACAAAGUGGAAAACCUGAAAGUUCUAUUACAAUUAGAAAUUUUUUUUGUAUAACGUUAGCUAGCUCGAUUUUGAGCAUCAAAUAAAUUCUAUAGAGGCCUGAAGUUUCGUCCAUCAUGACAGCGACGUGGGUGUUGAUGAGGAGGGAGGGUAGGGGCAUGGAAGAGGGGAGGGGGUGGGGGCUCACCUUUUAUUAGGUAGUGGAUGUGAAGUGAUUUUCAGAGUAACAAUCCCGGUUGCUGAUGAUUAAGGAUAAUAUUCUAUUUGACAACAUUGCCAUUUAAAUUAGCCUUGUUUCACAGCUAGUUAUGCAUUUCAUAUUUAGCUACUGAUAAGUUUCUCGAGAAUUCGUAGCAAACUCGUUAACAUAUGACACCCCAGUACACGAUUUUUAAGGCAGAUGUAUGGAACGGGGGAAAGGGCUACUGACAUACAUUUCUGCGAUCCAACGAUAUCAACUGAAAUACGCACGAAUCAUGUUUGUGUACAGUUACAAUAAAUUGGUGAUUUUUCGUGACACUGAUCGUCGAAGAGGUCCAUUCUAUUUGGUCCUGCAGAGCUAAAAUUGUGCGGGCCAUUGAACAUUUAAAAAAGAAAGCUGUUUAUAUCGCGAAAGUGGGAGUAACUCUUUAAACCUGUGAUCCUCAAAAAUUACUGAUUGGAAGGUCAAAUAGACUUUUGAAAAUAUAAGUUACGCUGUUAGCCAUCAUUAGUGUCGCUAAACGCAUAGGGGCCGAACAGAAAAUUGUUUAUUAAGGUACUAUUUUUGAGCCAGUCCUGAUAUUCUACGUCAGUGAUCAUAAAUUUAGAGCUAUUCAUUUUCCUCCUUUAAGAUAGCCGUAGAAAUACCAAAACCAGUUUCAUGUCGUUUAUUUCUUGAUGAAAAAGGAUAGAAACUUCGCUUUUCACAAGGAAACUUUUCGUGUGGUUGCUGCAAAACGAACUCUUUUGUUUAUUCGAAUUAGUCUAAAGAUUGCGACUCGAUUUUGUCAGUUGGGGGCAGAAAGUCGUUUACCGAUCUCAUCAUUUUACUUAAAUAAAGAAUGAAGCCUUG